AGAGGAAAAACAGUUUUUUUAAAAUGCCCACAUGAUUUUAGCACACUGUCAGCACUACCCACAAAAAUUUAUGCCUGAGAAAGGGGAGAGGUGGUUAAAAGUACAAAUCCCAUGCAUCCGAGCAGGAAAUUACCCCCUUAUGUUCAGGGUCAUCAUUUAGAACAGGGGUGCACAACUCAAAUACCCUGGUAGGCCGGAACCAACCAUGACUUGGUAUGCAGGGGUUGAGAGCAAAGGAAAAGUGAGAGGAUAUGAGGAGAAAAUUAAACAUGGGGAGAGCAGAACCUGAACUGGAAGCACUGCUCCUAGCAUCAUAAGUUCUAAGAGAAUGUCUUAAAGAUGAGCUCCAUCUAACACCAUAGUGGUUCUGAAGAAACAAGGAACUCUUGCAUCAGACAGAUUGCAAUGGAGAAGUCAAGUGAGGAGAAACCAGCACUGUGGCUACUUUCCUGUGGCUUACCAUGUACCAGAGAUGCCUACCAAAUCCAGAGUGUGCAAUGUUCAGAAGAGAAAAGGCUUGUUGAAGGUUAUUGAGCCUAGUAUUCUUCUUCUGUACCUGUUUUGAAGUUUGCAACAUAAUUCCUUUGUGAAAAAGGAGGAACGAUGACUUUUUAUACUUUCUGUUUGCUCCUCUUUGCGUUUACUUGGAAUACCUCUGCCUAUGGACCAAAUCAAAGGGCACAGAAGAAAGGAGACAUUAUUCUUGGGGGACUGUUUCCCAUUCAUUUUGGAGUAGCUGAAAAACACCAGGAUAUGAAGUCUAGGCCAGAAUCUGGCGAGUGCAUAAGGUAUAACUUCCGUGGUUUUCGCUGGCUGCAAGCAAUGAUCUUUGCCAUUGAAGAGAUUAAUAACAGCCCAGCUCUUCUCCCCAACGUGACCCUCGGAUACAGCAUCUUUGACACCUGCAACACAGUCUCCAAAGCCCUGGAAGCCACACUGAGCUUUGUGGCCCAAAACAAGAUAGACUCCCUAAAUCUGGAUGAGUUCUGCAAUUGUUCAGAGCACAUUCCAUCCACGAUUGCUGUGGUGGGAGCAACUGGUUCUGGGAUUUCUACUGCAGUGGCCAAUCUUCUGAGUCUCUUUCACAUUCCUCAGGUUAGCUAUGCUUCAUCCAGCCGGCUCUUGAGCAAAAAGAAUGAUUACAAAUCUUUUCUGCGUACUAUUCCUAAUGAUGACCAUCAAGCCACUGCCAUGGCAGACAUUGUUGAGUACUUCCGCUGGAACUGGGUGGGAACCAUUGCAGCAGAUGACAAUUAUGGCCGGCCAGGAAUUGAGAAGUUCAGGGAAGAGACAGAGGAAAGAAAUAUCUGCAUUGACUUCAGUGAGCUCAUUACCCAGUACUUGCCUGAGGAUAAGAUUCAGCAGGUGGCAGAAGUUAUCCAGAAUUCCACAGCUAAGGUGAUUGUUGUCUUCUCUAGUGGCCCAGACUUGGAACCUCUGAUCAAACAGAUUGUCAUACAUAACAUCACUGGCAGGAUUUGGCUGGCAAGUGAAGCGUGGGCCAGCUCUUCUCUGAUAGCCAUGCCAGAGUUCUUUCAUGUAAUGGGUGGUACCAUUGGAUUUGCUCUGAAGGCAGGGCAAAUCCCUGGCUUUCGUGGCUUUCUGCAGAAGGUACAUCCUAAGAAAUCAGUCAACAAUGGAUUUAUCAAGGAAUUUUGGGAGGAGACUUUUAACUGCUACCUGCCGGAUGGUAACAAGAAUUACCCAGGUUCUGCUUCCUUCCACAAGGGCCGUGAUGAAGGCACUGGAAAUGGCACAGCUGCCUUCCGUCUUCCAUGCACAGGGGAGGAAAACAUCACCAGUGUGGAGACUCCAUAUAUGGAUUAUACUCACCUGCGGAUAUCUUAUAACGUGUACUUAGCAGUAUACUCCAUUGCCCAUGCUCUGCAGGAAAUAUACACUUGUACGCCUGGGAAAGGGCCAUUCACCAACGGAUCAUGUGCAGAUAUCAAGAAGGUUGAGGCAUGGCAGGUACUGAACCAUCUGCUGCAUUUGAAGUUCACGAAUAAUAUGGGAGAGCAAGUGGUUUUUGAUAGGUUUGGGGACGUAACAGGGAAUUACUCAAUUAUCAAUUGGCACCUGUCACCAGAGGACGGCUCCAUAGUGUUUGAGGAGGUUGGACACUACAAUGUUAACGCCAAGAAUGGAGAGAGGUUAUUUAUCAAUGAAGACAAGAUUUUGUGGAACGGAUUCUCCAGAGAGGUGCCAUUCUCUAACUGUAGCAGAGACUGCUUGCCAGGCACAAGGAAAGGCAUUAUUGAGGGACAGCCUACCUGUUGCUUCGAAUGUGUUGAAUGCACGGAUGGCGAGAUCAGUGACGAGACAGAUCCCAGUAAUUGUGAGAAGUGUUCUGAAGACUCCUGGUCCAAUGAGAACCAUACUGUUUGCAUUCCCAAGCAAAUCGAAUUUUUGUCUUGGACAGAGCCAUUUGGCAUUGCUCUCACUCUUUUUGCAGUGCUAGGCAUUUUCCUAACCUCAUUUGUCCUGGGAGUCUUUACCAGAUUUCGGAACACACCCAUCGUCAAGGCUACCAACCGCGAACUUUCUUACCUUCUCCUCUUUUCCUUGUUGUGCUGCUUUUCCAGCUCCCUUUUUUUCAUUGGCGAACCCCAGGACUGGAACUGCCGCUUGCGGCAGCCGGCCUUUGGCAUCAGCUUUGUCCUCUGCAUCUCAUGCAUUCUGGUGAAGACUAAUCGUGUCCUCCUGGUCUUUGAGGCCAAGAUUCCCACAAGCCUCCAUCGCAAGUGGUGGGGCCUUAACCUUCAGUUCCUCCUGGUCUUCCUGUGCACUUUUGUGCAGAUAGUCAUCUGCGUCAUCUGGCUUUAUACAGCUCCCCCCUCCAGCUUUCGCAAUCAUGAGCUGGAGGAUGAGAUCAUCUUUAUCACCUGCAACGAAGGCUCCUUGAUGGCACUGGGCUUCCUGAUUGGCUACACCUGCCUCCUGGCUGCCAUCUGCUUCUUCUUUGCUUUCAAGUCCCGCAAGCUGCCUGAAAACUUCAAUGAGGCCAAAUUCAUCACUUUCAGCAUGCUGAUUUUCUUCAUUGUCUGGAUCUCUUUCAUCCCAGCCUAUGCCAGUACCUAUGGCAAGUUUGUUUCUGCUGUGGAGGUGAUCGCUAUCCUGGCUGCCAGCUUUGGGCUCUUGGCUUGCAUCUUCUUCAACAAGGUCUACAUCAUCCUCUUCAAGCCCUCGCGCAACACCAUCGAGGAGGUGCGCUGCAGUACCGCUGCCCACGCAUUCAAAGUAGCAGCCAGGGCCACGCUGCGGCGCAGCAACGUGUCUCGCAAGAGGUCCAACAGUCUCGGUGGCUCCACAGGCUCCACCCCCUCCUCAUCCAUCAGUAGCAAAAGCAACCAUGAGAACCCCUUUGCCCAGCCAACUCCUAUUGAGCAGCAGCAGCCGCCGCAUGGAUGUAAGCAAAAAGUGAGCUUUGGAGGUGGGACGGUCACUUUGUCUCUGAGCUUCGAGGAGCACCAGAAGAAUGCAGUAGCCAACAGAAACGCAAAGCACAGGAACUCUUUGGAAGCCCAAAACAGUGAUGAUAGCCUCAUGCGGCAUAAGGCACUGCUUCCUCUGCAGUCCAGUGAGCCACUAGGCACAGAGCCCAAUUUCCAGGCACCCUCAAAUCAAGACACCAAUGCACAGGAACCAGUAUUGGGAGAAACCAAGGAAGGAAGACAGAACUUAGAAGAAGAGCAGCCUCCCUUGUCAGCCACAUACUUGCAGAGUUUUGUAGGCAGUGACUCUGUCAUAGAGAAUACCAUCCAUUCUUAAUCAAGGAGGGACCAAUUCCCCCUGCUUUUCUCCUGAAUGGGGAAAAGGACUGGAAAUAUCUGUUCCACAGCCGAUCGCUUCUAUUAGAAUCGGCAGAGUAAACUCACCUCCAAAGGAAGCGGGGGGAAAGGUUUCAGAAAUGUGUGUCUAGUGAUCCUUUUCAUGAAACUCUGUGUUGGUUGUGGAAGAUAAGAAAAGGAGAAAAUCUUUGGAAGGAGGAAAACCUAUUUUGUCUAGCUGGGUUUUAACAAAAACUUCCCGCUAGAGAACUUCAGCAUCCCACUGGAGUGGCCCAGGCCACCAGCUUGCUUGUUAAUGAACAUGUCUGAGCUGUUCCAAAAACAUGCUCUGCUUUUACAUGAAUGGAUAGUGUCCCUUUUCUUUGUGACGUAUAAUAGUUGCCACUUAUAUGUAAAACUGCUUAGCUUCAUUACAAGAAGGAAAAACUUGCUGCUUUACAGAAAAACAGGACAUGCAGGGAGUGGAGCUGAGGGAAAGUCGUUCUCCAAUCACCCAUGGAAACAUGCAGAAUAAAGUUCAGCCAGUGACCUGAACUUGUAAAGUGUUUAAAAUGAUAGACAUUGCUUCUUGUAUUUACAUAAGAAAAGUGGCCAGUUUGUACUGCUCCUGAUGUCCCCUCUAUAGUGAAGACUGUAUUGCAGUCUUGAGAGACAUCACUGUAUUACACAGAGCCACUUUCCCCACAGAUGUAUAUCUGCUAGAAUAACCUGAGCCUGGCUCACUUUUGUAGGAAGAAAGGAAGGACAGUUUGCACUCCAGUAGGAGUAUUAAGAGAACUUGGUGAGAUGUGCCUAUGACUUAAUUUAGGCCUCCGUUUAUUGUGGGUUUCAUGCCACAAACUGAUAACACUUCAUUCUACAGCCAACACUACACUGUGCUUUGUGUUAACUUCAUUCAAGCCCACAGCCAGUUGUGUGAGUAUGCCAAGCCAUUUUUUGAGUACGCUAAGACAUAAACACGGUAGCAAGGGACAGUUAGAAGAGGAGAAGAUAAGAAAGGUCAUUAGUGGAGAGAAAUGACCCCCUUCCCCCAAUUAAGAUAUGUUGGUGCUGCAGAGCAUAUGCCAGGACCUACCUACACUUUUCAGUUAUACCCAGAGGAAAGCAGGCCCAACUGUCAUGUGACCAGCAAGUUAUCAACAGUGUUUGAUAACAUCACAUUAUAUUGGAGAAGUAGUAACUCAGCUGUGUCCAAAUGCAAUUGACACCAUUUUGGAUACGAGUAUCUGGAAAGCUCGACUCUGUUGCUGAAAGCUACCAAUAGCUCUAGGUACUUAAAUAUAGGCACAAUAUAGCCAGUUUCUGAAAGAACAUUUACCAGUGGGAGCCUUUCAUAAUGGUGGGGUAGAGGGAAAUUUGAAAUGUACAGGUGUGUAAAUAUUGCUCUGUGAUUUUUCAGAAGAAUUAAAGGAAGUGACUAGUAAAUGGUA